UCCCUUGCACCCGUGGCGGUUACAUUCACACACUUUCAGUCAAGCAAACACUUUGGAUUGUGUGGAAACUGACAUGACACUCUGAUGAAACUAGCAACGUGGUUUACGAAUCGCGACGUUCUUCAUAUUUCAUUGGAUAUUUGGAAAUUGUUCACAGUGUGGUUGGAAUGUCCUUAAAGGCCGUAUUGGGUGUAUGUCAUUUAGCAGAUUGAGCACGUUUCGUAAUAACAUAAAUCGAAAAACCAAAAAACCAAUAACAAGAGAACACCAUGGACCUUCAAUUACUACAGUUUUUGACCAACCCCUUGGAUGCCAAUGCACAAUCUAGGGCAUUGGCAUACUUUGAGCAACUCAAAUCUUCAGAUACUGGAUGGCAACUAGCAACUAAUACUCUCAUCAACACAAACGCUGGAUCAAGUUUGAAUGAUCAUGUUAAGUUCUUUGCGUUACAAGUCAUUGAAGUUUUCAUCAAACAAUCCUAUCAAAAAAGUUCACUAUCUCAACAGCAGGCAAUGAAACACUUUCUAAGCCAAUGGAUUCAGUUGCAGGUUUCUCAACCUGUACAGGAUAAGGUUUUCAUCAGGAACAAAGCUGCACAAAUAUUUGCAUUGGUUUUUGUUUGUGAUUACCCAAAGAGGUGGCCGAACUUUUUCACCGAUUUGUUGCAAACCCUCUCUCUGGGACCUAAUGCGAUAGAUCUAUAUCUUCGCGUUCUUCUUGCCAUAGACUCUGAGGUUGUGGAUAGAGAAAUUCUUCAUUCCAAAGAAGAAGCAGAUCGCAACACCUUAAUUAAGGACCAUAUGCGGGAAACCUGUGUAGAGUCCUUGGUUGACUCAUGGUACCAUAUCUUGUCGGUUUAUGAAACGUCAAACACUGAUUUAGUGUGUCAAACCUUGGAAAUUGUCGGCGCCUAUAUUGCGUGGAUCAACAUUGACCUAAUAGCUAACAUGCGAUUUGUCGAUCUUCUUGUCCGAUUUUUGCGCGAGCAACCGCUGCGAGAAGCUGCGGCCGACUGCCUCCAUGAUAUUGUCGCAAAAGGAAUGGAUCCUGUAGCAAAGACAAAGCUGGUCGAAUCGCUGUUUUCAGUAUUGGAUUCUGCAGGCAUUCUGAAUGUUGACAUGGAGGAUGACGUCGAUUAUUUAUGCAAAUUAGCUCGUCUUAUUAAUUGCAUUGGGCUACAAUUGGCACUCAGCUGGACAAAGCUUAAAAAGGCUGGCGAUAAUGAUUGCGCAUGUGCUGUGAUGCAGCUACUUGAAUCGAAAAUUCCUCUUACUUUCCGAUUUCUAAGCCAUUCGGAUGACGAUGUUUCUGCUACUGUGAUGGACUUUGUGAAAGAAUAUAUUCAGUUAUUAAAACAAAAACCGGCCAUUAACGAAGCGGAACGCCAAAAAGUGGAAAGUCUUCUUUUCAUCAUAUUUGAAAAAACGAAAUAUGAUGAAGGUUUUUAUUUUGAUCGUGAUGGUGAAGAGGAAGCUAUUUUCUUGGAAUAUAGAAAACAGCUCAGAACAUUGUUCGAUAAUGUUGCAGUACUUGACCGUGAUUUGGUUUUGAACCGCGUACGAGAUUUAGUUAACAUGACUUUACCUCGCUGGCAAACGUCGUCUUUCGCCGAGGUUGAGGCUGCGCUUACUUUCCUUUACCAACUGGGUGAAGCACUUCCCGUUUCUCACGGGAAUCAUUUUUCCGGUGACCCUGCCAAGGCCUCCGCGCUUCAGCCUAUGAUGGAAUCGCUUCUCUCUUGCGGAGUGAGCAGUUAUCCCCAUCCCGCUGUGACCUUAUGCUUCUUCGAACUAGUCGUCCGCUAUGAGAAAUUCUUCCUUGUUGAACCUCAAUUUGUUGCACCAACAUUGGUGGCCUUUUUAGACCAAGGAGGAAUGAGGCACGCCAAUCCUAAAGUUCGCAGCCGGGUAGCCUACCUUUUCUCGCGGUUCGUUCGUGCAGUCAAAUCCCACAUGACCGACUACACUGAAGAUGUGCUUCGUCGAUUGCAGGAUCUAUUGAUAUUGCUUCCUGCCGAAAGUGGACCUCAAACGGCUUUGCUUACUCAUGAUGACCAAUUGUUUAUUUUUGAAACAGCUGGACUAUUGAUUACAUCAGGAAAUUUUGAUGCUGAGACGAAAAGAAACUUGAUGGACAGUCUUGUGUCACCAGUUCUUGAGAAGUUUGCCGUGUUGCUCGAAGAACUUAUCCGACUCACUCCCCAAUCCCCGAACACCGUUGGCGCGGCUGAUGCGGCUAACCAGAAACGAAGGGCUAUAUUAGCUCAGUGUCUUUCUCAUGCCAUGUCGGCUGUUGCUUGGAGUUCGAAAGCCUUUACCAACAGCCAGAGUAUCAAAGCAUCUGGAUGUUUGUCCGUAUAUUUGAAAGCCCUUGAAGUGUUUCUUCGUGCCAUUCAACUUCCUGAAGUUGUUUCAGAAAUUCAAGCUGGUUUAAGACAAUAUCUUCAUAGAAUGACCGUAUGUCUUGGUGAAGAAUUGCUACCAUUCGUUCCAUCGGCUUCGCAAGUAUUGCUCAAAUCGAGUAGCGUUCAUUCACUCUCAGAAUACAUCCCGCUGAUUAACCAGAUCAUUGCCAAGUUCAAGAAACAAGUUGUGCCCUUCUUGACCCAGGCUUUCGCCCCUAUUAUCUCGGCUAUUUUUAAUGCUCUUGCCGCCUCGUCUGCUACUGUUAAUGAUGAAGAAGCUCGUCUAGAACGUCAGUCACUGCAGAGAUCCUAUUUUUCUUUCAUAGCUGCAAUCGUUGGCAGUGGCUUAAUGGAAGUUCUGGCUGCUCAGGAUUCUGCAGUUUUACAGCAAGUUCUUGUCUCUCUCGUACAAGGAGCUGUCGACUAUCCAGAUCCAGUGGCUCAGAAAACGUGUUUCUCCACUCUCCGCCGAUUGGUGGAGAUUUGGGGAGGCAAGGAUGGGCCAUCGGAGUUUGUCGAAUUUGUUUACAAGCAAAUAGUUCCCGCUUGCUUUCUGGCUCCACUGCGAGACACUUUUGACCUCAACGACGCCCAAACCACUAUGGCACUGAGCGAAAGUGCCUUGUGCCUUCGAGCCAUCCUUGAAAAAAGGGGAGAUGAAGAAUUGAUAACGUUUCUUCAAUCUCAGUAUUUGCCAACUUUGAAAUUAAACCUGCAGCAGUCGCAAGAAUUUUGCAUGGCCUUGAGAUCUGACCAAAAGCUGUUCAAAUCCUAUUAUAAGAUGUUCUUCCAGCAGGCUAGAGGAUUAUGACAAUUGGCUGCAUCACUAAAUCCCAUGUUGGAAUGGCUUCAUAAAUUUUGAUUAUCGUUUUAAGAAUAAGCUUUGGAGAAAUCUUGUACAUUUUUUGGUUACAUUCGACUAAAUGGGUUAUCUUGUUUUCACCGAGA